UGUAUAAGCGUCGGACUGAAAACACUUGAUCUUUUCAAAGCAAAAAGAAAAGAUGUUUCUGCGGUAUAAACGUGCUUCUAGGCUACAAAUUUGUUGACGCAUUAAAGAACGUGUGUUUUAUGAUUCAUGCACGGAAGUAGUCGUUUGAAAGUAUUAAUUUGUGGAAAAUAUGUUUGCCAAAGCGUUUCGGGUCAAAUCCAAUACUGUGCUGAAAGGAUCAGACAGGAGGAAACUAAAAGUUGACCUGUCAGCAGCAUUUCCUUCUCUUUCUGCCGAUGAUCUGUCUGAGCUGGUACCCAACAAAGAAGAAAUUAAUGUUGUCAAGAUUUAUGCGCACAAAGGAGAAGCUGUGACCCUUUAUGUUCUUCAUAAGAACCCUCUCUUCUUUGAACUGGAGAAAAGACUUUAUCCUACAGUGUAUGUGCUUUGGCGAUACCCUGCUCUCCUCCCAGUCUUCAGAACAUGGGCCCCUGUGCUUCAGAAGUUGAUCGGAGGGGCCGAUCUCAUGCUGCCAGGUGUGGUGGUGCCUUCGUGUGGGCUCCCAGAUGUGAAGCCAGGAUCCUGCUGUGCUGUUGCCGUUGUCAAUAAUAGAGCUCCUGUUGCUGUUGGCAAGGCUGCAAUGUCAAGCGCAGAGAUGCACAGCUCGGGUAUGAAAGGGAGAGGAGUGUGUGUUCUCCACACCUAUAUGGAUUAUCUCUGGGCAUUCGGAGAUAAAUCAAACCCUCCCUCUUUACCAGACGAAGAUGAUAAAGUUGAAGAUUCAAACCACGAGAAAAGUGAAGUUGAUGAGAAAGAAGAUGGAGAAUAUGAUGUUGGAAAGGGUACGGAGGAGCAGCAGAGCUCUGAUGAAACUAUCACUGAUCAAAUUUGUUGUGGCUUAGAGGAGCUGAGUGUCACUGAGAAGAAGGAAGACCAAGUGGAAGGCAGCAACGGAAACGAAGAGGAAAACCAGGAUGAACAGAAAACUCCACAAGAGGAAAUGGAUGCUCUGCUGCUGCAGUGCUUCCUGCAUGCUCUGAAAAGCAAGGUUAAGAAGUCAGAGCUUCCUCUGCUCACUAGUACAUUUCUACGCAACCACAUGUUCUCCUGCUGUCCAAGUGGAAAGCAGCUUGAUAUCAAGAAAUCCAGCUAUAAAAAGCUGUCCAGGUUUCUACAAGUCAUGCAGCAGCAGAAUAAUCUUGUUCAAGUGAAAGAACUCAGCAAGGGUGUGGAGAGCAUUGUGGAGGUGGACUGGAAAAAUCCACAACUGCGGUCCUUCAGCAUUCCAGAAGAGGCAGGUGUUGACAAAACAGAUGUGCAGGGUGGAGGAGAAGGGGAAGCCCAGUACCACCCUCCAGAGAUCACUACUCUAUACUCUGUUUCUGCUCGUUUGGAGCCACUGUUCUUGGAUGCAAAUAAGAGGAAAGGAGCAAUAAUGCAUCCUGCUGAAGUCAGAAGUGCAAUCACUGAAUAUGUGAAGAAAAAUGAGCUGGUGGAUGAAAACAAUAAAAAUUACGUGAGGAUAAACCCUUCUCUGUGCGACUGCUUACUGGAUAAAUCAGAAUACCAAGAGGUGGAGUCUCUCAAAUGGGAUGACCUCUUUAGCAGGGCAUUGGGAAAAAUGCAAGAGUGCUAUCAGGUUGUGUUUCCUGGACAAGCCCCAGUUGUGAAGAAAGGUCACAUUGAGCCAAUAGACAUCUUUGUAGCUUCUAGAGGUUCUAACAAGAAGGUGACUCUAAUAAAAAAUCUGGAAGUGUAUGGUUUGGAUCCUGCAGUAGUUGCCUCUGCCUUGCAGCACAGAGUCCAGGCCAGCACCGUCUUACAGCUCCUCCCUGGAGCUAAAGACAGAGUCCUGGUCCAGAUCCAAGGCAACCAGGUUCAUCAGGUUGGAAGUCUGUUGCUUGAUCAUUAUCAGAUCCCUCGCAAAUACAUCCAGGGACUGGACAAAGCUGCAAAAAGCGGAAAGAAGAAGUAGAAUUCAACUCUGCUGACACUUUUCACCGUAUUCUAAGCCUCAUUAUCAUAUUUGGUGUAUUUUUGCUCAUUCUUUUAAUAAAUUGAAUUCCGUAUCA